AUGUGGGACUCUGAUGACACAACCGUGAACGAAGGCAUGGACAACAUAGAUGUCGAAUGGUCAUGCUCAGAAAAUGGCCCCGCAGAACGGAAACGUUCUUGGUUUUGGCUGCGUGAAGUGACCUCGCGAGACGCAGAAAAUGGAAUGGACGUGCAAGGAAUUACUUGGGACACCUUCAAUAUUACGCGUCAGCGAUAUCGAGAAAUUAGGCUCGUAGAUUAUAAAAAUUAUGAGAAUGUCCAAAGAUCACAUGAUGAAAUAAAGAAAGAAAUCAAAUCUGUCCGAACCGACGCACAAUAUUACAAAUUUAAAUAUACGACUUUAUCACACAAGUGUUCUAUCGUUCAUUUUCAAUUGCGUAAUCUUUUAUGGACUACAGGAAGAAAUGAUGUCUUUUAUACACAUUCUUCACGUAUUUGCCAUUGGAAUUCAGUAAUGAUGAAAUCACAACCCGCACUGGAUCUAAAUUAUAAUAACCGUAAUGUCGAAACUCCCUUUGAAAUAAGCACAUUCGCGUGCAAAUACAAUUGUUUGCUUGUUGGUGGGCUUUAUGGAGAAUAUGCAUAUCGAAGGCUAGAUGCGGAGCCUAUCAAGUUUGGUAAGAUAACCACAGAUUCAAAUGGAAUAACAAAUCACAUGGAUAUUAUCGAAUCACGAACGGGAAGCGUUGUUGCGGUCAUCUCCAGCAAUGAUAAGAAAUCCAGGAUCAUGGAUCUCGCAACUUUGAGGUUUAUCGAAGCCUACGAUUUCCCAUGGCCAGUGAACUGCACUUCUUUGAGUCCAAGCAAGAACCUACUUUGUGUUGUCGGAGACGAUACUGACACUAUGGUU